AUGAGCAUCAGGACCCCACACACAUUGGAGGAGCUGUCAAGGCAGGCUCUGCUGAGAAAUGAGGCCUUGGCCAUCUCUGCUCUGGAGAAGCUACCCAUCAUCCUCUUCCCAGCACUGUUCAAGGAGGCCUUCAAUAGCAGAUGCACUGGGAUGGUGAAGGCAAUGGUGGUAGCCUGGCCUUUCCCUUACCUCCGUGUGAGGGGCAUGAUGAACACCUUCAACUCAGAGAUUUUUCAUGCUGUGCUGGAUGGCCUGGAUGUCCUGGUGACUCAGCAGGUUUGCCCCAUGAGGGGGGAACUUCGAGUACUCGAUUUUCGGAGGUUGCCCUGUGACUUCAAAACCAUCCAGGCUGGAACAGAGGAUGGGGUCUGCUCAGCAGAGACUGUGCAUGUGAAGCAAGCAGGGAAGCCCCUCCUACAUGAGCUGAGGCCACGAAUCAAGGUGAGAGUUGACCUCUACUUCAGGUCCGAACUGGAGGAAGAAGAAAUGUACUUCCUACAGUGGGCCCGGCAGAGAAAAGACUCGCUCCAGCUCUGCUGUGAGGACGUGAAGAUUGUGUUGCUGUCCCUAGAUAAUGUCAGGAAGGUCCUGAGUGUUUUCAAGCCAAAACACAUCAAGGUGUUGGAGCUCAGCAUAGAUUGGAGUUGGUGCACUCUGGCACAAUUUUCUACCUACCUCCCGAAGAUGAGAAACCUUCACACACUUUAUCUAGUGUAUAGACAUGAGAACAGAUUUGGGGUUUGCGGUCUACCACGCUUAGAUGAGAACAAGUUUGUACAAAAGUUGGCUUCUCAGUUUUCCGGACUCAGCGGUCUCCAGCAUCUUUAUCUGCGUGGCUUUUGUUUCUUCAGUGAGCACGUGAAACUCUUGCUCAGGAACCUGAAGACUCCCUUGGAAACCUUCUCUGUCACUCACUGUCCUGUUUUACAGUCACACUUGAAAGACUUUGCCCUGUGUCCAUCCCUUCAUCAACUAAAACAUCUGGACUUGAGUGGACCCCUACUGCGCAAUGUGUCUAUUGUGCCUCUCAGUGUUCUCCUAGAGAUGGGAGCAGGCAGUCUUGAGACUCUGGAAUUGCAGGGGUGUAAGAUAAAGGACUCUCAGUUCCGUGAACUCCUACCUGCCUUCAGCCAAUGCUCCCAGCUCACCAAGGUCAAUUUCUAUAGCAAUGACUUCUCCAUGAAUUUCUUGCGUGACCUUUUCCACCACACAGCCAACAUGAGCAAGAUGACCAUGGAGCAGUACCCUGCCCCUCGGGAGUGCUAUGAUGAGUGGGAAAACAUCUCCAUAGACGCAUUUUCUCAACUUUGUUCUCAGCUCAUGGAUACACUUAGGGCCAUAAGGCAGCCCAAGAGGAUAAGCUUUGCUACAUAUCUCUGUGAUUUCUGUUCUCAACGCUGUGUGUAUGACCAGGUGACUAGACGUUGUCCCUGCUUGCAGUAA